CCCAGCUUAUCCAGCCUCUCCUUGUAACUUGAGCCCUCCAGUUCCAGUAACGCCCUUGUGAAUCUUUCCUGCACCCUUUUCAGCUUAAUGACAUCCUUCCUGUAACUGGGCAACCAGAACUGCUCAAUACUCUGUGUGGUCUCCCUAACGUAUUAUACCAUUGCAACAUGAUGUCCCAACUCCUGUACUCAGAAUUUACUUGAAUGGAGCUAGCUCAGUGAAAGUUCAUUAGGUUGAUUGCUGGGACAAAGUGUUUGGUGUAUGAAGAGAAGUUGGACAUGUACUCAUUUUGGAGUUUGGAAGAAAGAACACAGGAUGGCCACAUCUGCCAUGCGGCGCACUUUCUUCACCCACCUUCUGGUGGCUCUGUUUGGGAUGGGGUCGUGGCUUGCAGUGAACUCCUUGUGGGUAGAGCUUCCAGUGGUGACCAAGAGCCUGCCUGAAGGGUGGAGUUUGCCGGCCUAUCUGACUGUGCUGAUCGCUUUGUCCAACAUUGGUCCGCUCUUCGUCACCCUGGCUCACAAGUUUUCCCCAGGUCUGCUGAAUGAGCAGUGCACCAUCUACACCAUCCAGGCCGUGAGUGUGGUCUCCUCCGUUGCCCUGGCCCUGUGCUGGGACAGGACUGCGGUGAUUGGCGGGGUGCGGCGCAGUGUUGCUUAUCUGACCUUGACCUUUAUCCUGGCCUCCGUCAGCUGCACCUCCAACGUCACCUUCCUGCCCUUCAUGUUCCACCUGCCUUCCAGGUUCAUCAGGUCUUUCUUUGUGGGCCAGGGUUUCAGUGCCCUUGUGCCCUGCCUGGCUGCCCUGGUACAGGGCGUCGGCCAGCUGGAGUGUCGCAAUGUUUCAGAUGCCAAUGGCUCGCAUGCUCUCCAGCCCCACUACCUGGAGGAGAACUUCGCGGCCAGCUCCUUCUUCUGGCUGCUGGUAGUCCUGAUGAUUGUCUCCUUGCUGUCCUUUGUUAUCUUGACCAGGCAAACUGCCAGGAGGGGCAAACCCCAGGAGCAAUGCACCAGUGAAGAGUCGUGCUAUCUAUCUGCCGAGGGCAAGCAAGACCCCAAACCAGCCUCCCCCUUCUGCACACCGCGUACUGUCUACCUGCUAAUGUUGCUGGCCAUCUCCAAUGCCUUGACCAAUGGAGUACUGCCUUCCAUACAGACCUACUCCUGCCUGCCCUAUGGGAGUAUGACGUUCCACCUGGCAGUCGUGCUUGGGAAUCUUGCCAAUCCAUUGGCUUGCUUCAUUGCCAUGUUUGCCCUCUGGAGGUCGAGUAUUGGAUUGAGUGUACUAGUGUUGCUGGGGAUGCUGUUUGGAGCCUACAUUCUAACAUUGGCAGCCUUCAGUCCAUGCCCUCCACUGUUGGGGAAGCCAGCAGGUGUUGCUUUGGUGGUGAUUGCAUGGAUGGUGUUCACGGGCCUGUUCUCCUAUGUGAAGGUGGUGAUCGGCAGCAUCCUCCAUGAGGCAGGUCACCUGGCCCUGGUGUGGUGUGGGUCUGCCAUCCAGGUGGGUUCGUUGCUGGGAGCCCUGAUCAUGUUCCCACUGGUUAGUGUUUACCACCUCUUCACCUCCGGACAGCCAUGUGUGGAUACCUGCAGCCAGUGAGAUGGCUCAGCAGACUGUGGACCAACAAAGUAAUUACCCUGCUUCGUGUCAAAGACCAGCUGUAGUGGUAACAGGAAAUCUGAACACUAUGCAUAAUCUGAGACUGCACUCCUGAGAGAAAGGAGCAACACUUUGAUCUUGUUUCCUCUGCUUUGGCCUGGGUUUUGCCUUCCAGUGCUUUUCCCCACCUCCCUUCCCAAAGAUGUAUUUUAUCUUUUCAGUGGCUGACCCUUGCUCUUAGCCUGAGGCCAAUAUUGUCUUCCAGUGUCUGGGCCAGAGCUGGUAGUUGGUUGAAGAGGGCGGAUGAGAUGGCAGGGAUUUUUCCCACCACUGGUGGCAGAGCAGACCUCGGAAUCUUGACCACUGCCAUUGUGGGGAGCUGUGGAUUCUUGUGAUAGGAUCACUUCUCUGUGGGUUGGAAGAAGACCUAUCAGUUGAUGGAGGGGAUGCUUGAUUUGGUGUGUAGAGAGAGGCCUAGAGGGCAAAGGAUUGCAAUGUGGCAACUUGAAUGUUCCCCACAGCACAGUCUGCCUGCUCAUAGACCUGAUGGGCUAGUCCUUUUUGCCCUGGUCUCUACUUUGCCCAAGGACUGUCCUUGCCCAGCAUAGGAUUCUGCUUAAACUGACUCUCCCUGAACUGUGCAGACAGUGGGGGGUUUGACUGUGCAGCAAGAAUUGGGUUCCUUCACAGGUGCCUGAAAGAACCAGUAGCCUUUGUGUUUGUUCCCCUUUUUUUCAGGGAGUGUCAAACACAUUUUUAAACUUGAAUAAAUGCAUUAUUUCUCUAAA